UUUAGUUUCUCUAUGCAUUUGCAGUGUACUGGUGAUUACAGCUCAGUUCUGUACAGUAAAUAACAUGGCGUGUUCUUCAAGCCCAUCAUGCCACUGAGCCACUAGUGGUUCAUUCAUUGCUCAGACCCACAAACAUGCAUUUUAAACUCUGAGUUCCCAAAGUUAACAAAGAUGCCAAAUAUGCUGCAGCAGUUCAUGAGCAGGUUUUGUUAUUUAUGCAUCACUUGGGCUGUUAAUGGGCAGGAAAGCAGUUGUGUCCAGUACAGUGUCCACAGAAAGUCAGUUGGUCUGAUGUCAGAGUGGAGUUAAAGCUAUAUUUUCUCAAAAAGUAAGUCAUUUCAGUGCAGACUCACUGAGAAUAAAUACACAUAUUCUCACUGCAGGUGAAACAUUUUACUUUGACCUGCAGAAAUUAAAAGCCAGCUUCCUCCUGUCAGGAAAGGUGUCUACAGGAACAGAACAUAGUAGGUGUGUAAUGGUACGUUCAGCUCACAGACAGUACCCAAUGUGACCAGGAAAAAUGAGAGGAAAGACCUUAAUUCUCAUUAGGUUUUCAUGUUGUAGCCUGGAUGGAUAAAAUCAACCAGUGCAAUAAUGUCUGGCAGACUCGGUGCCACAGAGAAGUGAGCUUUCCAGCUCACAGUGCUGACCACCUGGGCUCCUGAAGAAGAUGGGAGUUUGUCAUUCAUGUUAUUGUGGUGGUGGAAAACAAAAAGUAAAUAUUGGUGUAAUCACGACAGUAUAUUUACACUAAUAAGAGAAUUGCAUCCUAAAUGAUCAAAGUGACAAUACCAAUAUAAAGUAUUUUAAAUCUUACCAGCUCAAGAUUUCCCAUAAAAGUGAAGAAAUAUUAUAUUGGCCCACCCAUGAAUCAUCUCAGAUUUAAUAAUGGGAGAUAUUUCAGUUUAUAUUGCUUUUUUAUCUUUAGUUUUGUGCAACAGUUGAGGUCUCAUUGAAUGAGUGAGGGUGGGUGGGUAAGUCUGUCUAUCAAAUGCCAAUAAUUCAAGAAGUGAAAGAAGGACAAGCAAACUGUGAUUUUAAAAGUAAGAAUCUUGCAGCCUGAGUGCAGUUUGGUGUUUUGUGACUGAGUUUAACCGAUCAAGCCUCGGUCUCUGAACCCAGCAGGUGACUGCUGUGUCCCCCCCAGGAGGUUUUGUCAGGGGGAAACAUUUGGGAGCCACUGGCCCGCUCUGCUGAAAAAGACACAACGUGACCACACCCCCUGUUACUCAGUGUGUGUCUAUUGGCUGUCUGGGAAUUAUCGGCUGUGUGAAUGUGGCUCCUGUGAUGGGUUUAUACUAUUAAAACUCCCCAAACUCCUCCAUCCUCCCUGACACUUGUUGCUGCUACCUGCGCACCGCCGGGAGAGGCCACUUGAACCGCUUCAGCAUUUCCUCUGGGAUUUCCCGCGGGGAGUGAUGAACUCCAUCGACCCACAGUCCCAGCACCAGCACCACACCUCCCCCACCGUCGGCUCUCUCCCACCCAAAGGCGCACAGGAGGCCCCGGACAUGGCUGCUGUUUACUGCGACAACUUCAAAAGCAUGUACCACCAGCAGAGCCUCCAGGGCGCACAGAGACCCGCCGGCUACGGCCUAGGGGAUUACGCAUCGUCUCCAAACCCAUACCUGUGGCUCAACGGGCCUGGGGUAAACUCCCCCGCGUCCUACCUGCACGGCAACAACCCGGCGUCGUUCAUCCCGCCCUCCUACGGUUCGCAGCGGCAAUUCAUAACAAACUCACCUGGAUUCGGCGGGCCCGACCUGGGAUGGCUGUCCAUCGCCAGACAGGAGGAGCUGCUGAAGUUGGUCCGGCCGCCCUACUCCUACUCUGCGCUCAUAGCCAUGGCCAUCCAGAAUGCGCACGAGAAGAAGCUGACCCUGAGCCAGAUCUACCAGUACGUCGCCGACAAUUUCCCAUUUUAUAAGAAGAGCAAAGCCGGCUGGCAGAACUCGAUUCGGCACAAUUUGUCUCUGAAUGACUGCUUCAAGAAAGUGCCGAGGGACGAGGACGACCCAGGAAAAGGAAACUACUGGACAUUAGACCCAAACUGUGAAAAGAUGUUUGACAAUGGAAAUUUCCGUAGAAAAAGGAAAAGACGGUCAGAUCCGAGCAGCGCCGGGGGAGCAGCGAUGGCAGCAGCAGGGGCCACAAAAGUCGAGGAUGGCAGGCCAGCAGUGGCGGCCUCCCUCAAGCCCUCAGACAGUCCUCAGCUCCCGGGGCCCUCUUCCCCUGAGAUGGAGGCGAUGACCGAGAAUCACAAGAGUUCGUCAUCGCCACCUGGACUGGCCUCAGCCUCUCCAUGUUUUAAUAACUUUUACAGCAGCAUGUCCACGCUCAGCUCGGGGGCCCCCAGCCGGCAGGGGUCCCUGGGACUGGUGAACGAGCUGUCGAACAGGAACAUUACGGCCCUGAGCCCGUACCACCUUAACCCUGGUGGACAGGACGCAGGGGUGUCAGAGCACAGCGAGGGCUUGCAUUUCAACCGCGGAGUGUACUACAACUCGUUUGGCAGCGGGCAGAGCGGACAGUUCAACAGCCACUUCUACAACAGCUUCAGUGUCAACAGCUUGAUCUAUCCCAGGGAAGGGGCUGAGCUAUAGGAGCUGCUUUACCACAGCGGCACACUGCUUUAGGGACAUGUUGUGUCUGCGGAUCCCAAUAACAAAAACCUACCCAAUAGCAGACAGGUCAGAGUGCACGCUGGGCAUCGGCUUCUGUGCAUUGUGAGCACAACACUCCUUUUCACGGAUCAGAUCACUGGAGAGACUAAAGAACGUAACGUAUUUCAGGUACACCUGGCUCAAACUGUGCCAACACCGGCCGGAAAGUCAAAGAAAAACGAGCACUUAUCUUUUUACUGGUUUGUAUUAGUACAUCAAAACUCCUACUUUUCUGUUAAUGAUAAAAAUAUACUUGCAAAGUAAGACAACCACUGAACAAUUAAACAUAUAACUAAGUGUUAAAGUACAUCACACUGUUACAUUAUACAGUCUUACUGUCAGAACCACUCUGUCAUUUGAUAUUUUGCCAAAUCUAGACAAUAGUUCUUUGGAGUGGCCGAGUCCUUAUAGCUGACUACACUUCAUAUGUCGAAACAGUUUAUUCAUAAUCAGCACAAGUCUGCCAAAGUUGUCUUCGUGACACUACCUUUACCUCAAAACGAGAAUCUUUUGAGAUAAAAGCAUCCUGCGUUCCUGUAUAUUUAGACAGUUUCCAAAUGCAGUACAAACUGAUUAAAUAUUAAAAUGAGCCGUAACAGGAAUGGUCUUAUUUUUAUAUCCUCCGUGUUGACUGAAACCACAGUGCUAAGGCUCAUGUAAAUACUUUAUAAAUGUGUAUUUUUGUAAAUUCUAAAGACGGUUCAUGACUAUUUAUGAUAUUUAUGCUAAUAGGCAUUUUCCCACUGUUGUCUGAACAUAGUUUGAUUAAAGCAGAAGUGAGUGACAUUCAGAACACGUUGAAAACAGUAUCACUAAAACCCAGAUGUUUUAUGGUGGUUUCUCAGGAUUCAUAGUGAUAAUCAUUGAAUGGCUUUUGUAUCUUUUGUCUUUUUUAUCUUUAUACAUGCAGCUUCCAGGCAGUUUCAGCUGUGAUAAUAAAUAAACAUCAUG